GUGGAACUAAUCCACAUGGAUGUAGCUCCAUGUUUGCCCGAGAAAGCGAUGCGGUGUGCCCGCGGUUAGGGCGUGCAGUUCCUCGUGUUUCGUGAGCGCUCGUGGCAUUUUUUUAUCUGACGAAUAGCAGUCGCGUGUCUUGCGGACGACACUCGAUAAAUUUCGCAAGGUGGCUGUUGAACUAAUACAUUUGAUACAAUAAAGUGAGUCCGUACAAAAUAGUGACGACGUUAUAUGAUUGCGCGCAUUGGUGUGGUGCGAGGGAAGUUCGUCCGACCGUGUCGGCGACGCGGUACAUAGAGAGGUGAAUGCACGACGAGAGAGCCCCUUGUGUGUAUAUGAAUACGUGUGCUCGCGCAAGCAACAACAGCAAGUUAUCCAGCAACAUCAGCAUCAUAAUACAAAAGGAAACUCACCAAACACGUCCAAGUUAACACGAAAAAGUACGCAUCGAAUGUUUGCAGGGCUGAACCAAGCAAGCCAAGAGUAGACGACGACCCGAGCGGAGUUUGAUUUGAAAACGAGGCUGCUGUAAGCAAGAGUGAGAGAGUGAGUGUGGGAGAGAGAAAGAAAGUGACCAAGAGAUACGGGCAGUUGUGAAGGAAGAAGCAGUAGAGGCCAGAAGAACGCCAUAAACGGUGCUGCCCAAAAAAGUUGAUCAACAUUUGACAGAUCAACAUCCAAGUAUCUCGCUAAUAGCUAUCAUUCUGCACCGGUGAAAGUGGCAUCAGGCUACUUGCUGUCAGUGUUCACCAGCAGGGACGCGACGACUGUGUACCACGUGAUCGUUGUCAAGUCACACGCAGAAGAGCAUGCUAGUAUUGUUUCGAUACCCAUAACCUGAUUCACUUCUACCUACCAAUCACUACAAAUAAACUACAACAACAAACCGAGGCAAUCCACAUCUCACUCUCCACGGAAAUAAGUUAUUUUAGUGUUGUACAAGAGGUUGGAGAUGAAAAAAAAAAAUUGUCAAGUGUGCUGUGUAUGUUUUAAAAACACCUAGGAAAAUUAUGUGAAGUGAACAAAAGGUGGGCUAGUGAUUAAAUAAGCUGAUAAAUAGUGGGUACGAAGUAGUUGAAAAUUUUUUAGUGUUUGAUAAAAAUUCGUGAAGAUAAUUACGACCCGUUUUUUACAGGCGCAAGUAUUAUAUCGUCACGAUAUGUCGCCCAGCAGCUAUGUUUGGUGUUAAUGGCAUAAUGUUAUUUAAUAAAAAAUCGGCUGUAUCUUUAAUGAAACUCCAAGGAAAUUUUACAUUUAAGCAACUUCAAAAAGUGUUAGUGUCCACGUGUGAGCAUACAAGAGUUGUGGAUCUCACGAGUGUCAUUUUUGUGUCGUAGUUGAGAUCAAUCAAUCUUGUGUUCACUGAAAAGAGUUAUGAGUGUGUGCAUACAGUGAUGUUUAUUUACUUAUUUUAUAUGUGAAAAUAAAAGUUUUUUAACCCGGUAAUAAAUGAAGGAUUUUUUACAAAAUUAUUUUCACUGGAAUUUCGUCAUUUACUCAGACUUUUGAGAAGACUCUCUGUUUGAGGACGUGAGGAAGACUUGAUUACUCCCUGAAUCCUGUAAAUAAGAGCUAUUUAGUUCGUAUGCAAGCAAAAGCUGUGCGGGAGGGCGAAGGCCGUGGCCGGAGGUAUCGUCGAAGGAAGUUAUUUCCGCGACGAAGUAAAUCAUUGACGAAAUCAUCAAAUUUAAAAAAUAUUAAUCGGACUUUAAAAUCGUCAAACAAGUGAUUGGGAAUAAAUUAAGAAUCGUAAAGGGAAUUGUACUCGCCCAGGUGGCGGGUGUAGCUUUAAAAAAAGGGAAUAAUUAGAAAAGUGUAAAGAAAGUGGAGGAGGGCCUGAAGAGCCCCAUGUUGUGAGUCUCGAAGAUCUGCCAAAGGCAGCAAAAAGUGGGUCCGCUGACAUGGAGUAUGGCGGCGCCGGUGGAGGCCGCGGGGGCGUUCAGCCACCCUCUGCAGGCGCACGCAAUAUCGCAGGCACGGACACAACCGACGCCGCGUGGCACAAACAUGAGCAAAUGAUCCUCAUGGAAUCCUCGAGGCAUAAGCAACAAUUGAGCGGGAGAACAGGCACAGGUGGUGCACCGCUCUAUGGACGUCUAGUAGCCGAAGAGCCGCUGCCAGGAUGUGGUGCGGGCACCGGAAGUGGUGGUGUUAGCUCGGGGGUUGUACCUCAAGAGACACCCGUAGAUAUUCAUGCGAUGCAAGCGAGGAUACCCCAUAGGUUUCGGGACCCAGCGACUGCACCACUGCGAAAACUUAGUGUCGACCUUAUUAAAACCUACAAGCACAUCAACGAGGUUUAUUAUGCAAAGAAAAAAAGAAGAGCGCAACAGAUGCAAGGCGAAGAUGGGUCUCAUAAAAAAGAAAGAAAGCUCUACAACGACGGUUGGGACGAUGAUAAUCAUGAUUAUAUUAUUAAAAAUGGUGAAAAGUUUUUGGAUCGAUAUGAAAUUUAUUCAUUAAUAGGUAAGGGCAGCUUUGGCCAGGUGGUAAAGGCGUUUGAUCACGAGGAACAAACUGAGGUGGCAAUAAAAAUUAUUAAAAAUAAGAAGCCUUUCCUUAAUCAAGCGCAAAUUGAAGUUAGAUUAUUAGAAAUGAUGAAUAGAGCGGAUACCGAUAACAAGUAUUAUAUAGUUAAACUGAAGAGGCACUUUAUGUGGCGAAACCAUUUGUGUCUGGUAUUCGAGCUACUGUCUUAUAAUCUUUAUGACCUACUUAGAAAUACGAAUUUCCGCGGAGUAUCCUUGAACCUAACGAGGAAGUUCGCUCAACAACUAUGUACUGCCCUCAUGUUUCUGUCCACACCGGAAUUGAACAUUAUUCACUGUGAUCUGAAGCCCGAAAAUAUUCUUUUGUGCAAUCCUAAGCGAAGUGCGAUAAAGAUUGUGGAUUUUGGAAGUUCGUGUCAACUUGGGCAGAGGAUAUACCAGUACAUUCAAUCUAGGUUUUAUCGGUCGCCUGAAGUUUUACUCGGAAUUCCGUAUGACCUCGCGAUAGACAUGUGGAGUCUCGGAUGUAUUCUAGUAGAAAUGCACACAGGCGAACCUUUAUUCAGUGGUGCCAAUGAGAUUGACCAGAUGAAUAAAAUAGUGGAAGUAUUAGGAAUGCCGCCGAAACAUAUAUUGGACCAAGCGCACAAAGCGCGGAAAUACUUUGACAAAGUCCCAACGGACGGAUCUUAUGUGUUGAAAAAGUCGAAAGACGGUAAAAAAUAUAAACUUCCGGGUACGAGGCGACUGCAUGACAUUUUAGGAGUUGAAAGUGGUGGUCCUGGUGGCAGAAGAUUAGGCGAGCCUGGCCACUCAAUCUCAGAUUACCUCAAAUUCAAAGAUCUCAUCCUGAGGAUGUUAGAUUUUGAUCCAAAAACGAGAGUUACACCGUACUAUGCGCUGCAGCACAACUUUUUUAAACGAACGGCUGACGAGGGGACCAACACUAAUAUUGCAGCUGCCAAUAGUGCAAACACUAGUCCGGCGGUGGUGUCAAUGAGCCAGGACAGUGGACUGGUUACCAUGUCAGGACAAAGCAGCGGGAGCACUAACAGCUUGAUGCAAGUGCUCAAUCUGCCUGGUGGCUAUCAACCGAUGGAGUGCGAAUCCUCGCCCCGUCACUCGGUCAGCCGGCGUGCCAUAACUACCGGCUAUUCAUCGACGCCAGCCACUGAGGCGCCUACGUCCGCCCCAACGUCCAUGUCGUCAAUGGACAACUCCCGAAUACAAAGCUCUCUUGGCUCUUACAACAGCCUUAUACUCCCUGGAAUGGCUCAUCUACCGGCUAUGAUGACCUCACCAAUGAUCCAACAACAGAAUUUUUACAAUUACGGAUACUCAGGCACGGAUUCCCAUGCUAUUGUCCGACAACCUGCAUCAGUAGCGACGGGCAAGCAGAGAGAUCCAGAGAGAGAAGAUAGCCCCAUGGUUGGCGUGUGCGUCCAGCAGAGUCCGGUCGCAAUACAUUGAAUUUAUUUCAUUUCAUUUUUCCCUAUUAGUGAAUGUCGUGGUAUUUAAAAAAUAAAUAAAUAACUAAACAACACGACUGCUAGAAGAUUUAGCCAAAAGAAAUCAACAGAUAAUUUCCCAGGAAGUUGAAUGCUUUAGCGGAUAUUUCUGAUCCCAAAGGAGACUUAUCUGUAAUUGUAACAAGAGUGACAGACACAAGUAAUGAGUGAAAAAACUGAAUAUAAGAAUAACAAGAAUUAAAAAAAAAAAAAGUUAAAUAAUAGCAAAUAUAAAUUUAACUUUGUCAUAUGACUGAAGAGAAGAAGGUAGAACAGAGAUGACAAUGAAGAUUACUUUAAGUAGGAAUGGAAGAAAAAAAAGAUAUUUUUUUUAUCAACAUGACCAGCCCAUCGUGUGUUGGGCAUGAACGAUGGACCAGGGGAAAAUAAGUGAAAAAAAAAUAUAGUAGAGCACCAUCAGUUAUGACACGGCCUAGUGAGGAUGAACCCAACUGGCCUCUCGGGUCCAGCCCGAUUUCAAAUGAACUGUUAAUACAGUUUAAUCGGUAUGCAUUAAGAAACUUAAUAAUUAGAUAAAUUAAACCUGGCAUCCGUAAAAUGUGUGGCCUAGAGAGCAAAAAAGUGAUAAUUACUACUACUAUUGCGUAACAAAAUAUAACAAUGUAACCAUGUACUCCAAUAGAGUUUUAUACACGAUGUCACGAAUGUAAUGGUUUAGUAAAUAAAGGCGAGAAGCCGCGUUGAAUGCUAGUUAUUUGUACAAUACACUUAUAGGUGAAUGAUUAAAAAUUUAAAAAAAGAGUGCAGCUUUAGGGUUUAGCUUUUAAGCGUGAGAGAAAUGUCAACUCGAUUCUUUUAUUAUUUGAUUGUGAAAAUGAACGAGUCGAAAAAAUAAAUUUAAUAAAUAUGUACGUAUGUAUGAGUGUGAGACACGAUGCUCUUAGCAACGUGCGAACAUCAGUUUGUUACUAACUAAGGACUUGAAACAAACGGGGUUUGCGCGGCUUAAAUAAUACAUAUUUAUACACUACAAAACAUUGAUAAGAAAUUUAAAGUAUACAUGUAAGAUUGAUCAUGAAUGGUAUAAUCAUACGCGAACUAGGUACAUUAUUAUAAAGAAUACACGCGUAUUGCAUAAAUAUGUUUCCAAUGCAUCGUUAUUGAUUUUUGGCGUUUAUUUUCAUCAUCGCUCUGAUUAUCACUACUUCCGCGAUUCGAGGGAUAAAAUAACAAUCACCAGUAUAAAAAAGUUUGGUGUUUAAAAGAAAUUUCGUACAGAAAAAAAAGAUUAUCUUAAAUUAGUAUCAUGUUCAUUGAUAUGCUUCCACUGAAGCUAAAUAAAAGAUUUAUUAACACCAUUGAAAUUAAAGAAACCGUAUAAAAUACACAAAAUAAUAAUAUUUGUAAUCAAUAAAAAUAAAAAAAAAUUUUUUAAAUUUUUUUUUGUAAAAAAAAUUAUAUUCAAACUUCCAUUUAAUUGAUAUGUGAUUUUUUUAUCUUGUUUUAUGUCUGAUGAUACACUGCAAUAGGUCUAGAAUAGUACCUGAUGCGAAUAAGUGAAUGAUUGUUUAAGCAUUAAAAUCCUUAGCAGUUGUGUCGAGUAAGAAUAAAAUGAUGAAAAAAAUAAAAUUGUAUCAUACGCGGUAUAUUUGAAUUUUAUUUAACAAACAUGGUAAAUAAUAAUAUUAUUAAAAUAUUAAUGAUAAUAAAAAUAAUAAUAAAUUAUAUAAUUAGCGCGUAUGAUGCAAUAAUUUUGAUGAAUUUCCUUCAAAAGUGCUUGCUAUCGAUAUCUUUUGUAAGAGAAUCAUAAUUAAGAAUGUGUGUGAAUAAUGCAAUAUUUGCUACACUUAAUUUGUGAGUAUAGAAAAAAUAAAGAGAGGAGAAAAAUAAUUUUUGCACAGUAUGUAUCGACUCGAAUCGUUUCACCGAGUUAACGGACGCGAUGAUGUUUAUUAUUAUUAGUAAUUUUAUUGUCAAAACAGGCUAUUGGCAAAAUAGCAUUGAUACAUAAUAAUAAUUUAUAUGUUUUAUUAAUUUUAUGUAAUUUGAAAUUAAUAAGAAAAUAAUGUACAAGAAAUGAAAAAAAUAAUAAUAAAAUCUCACGUGCUAAUUACGAAAAUCCGGUAAUCUUUAAACGUUUUAAACUCAUAUACCGUUAUUACGUUGCAGUGAAGAUUUUUUAAAAUAAUUUGUAUAUUUUUAUACAAGCCGAUAGAUCUGCGUCGAUAUUUUGAUCUACCGACGUAGUUUAUUUAUGACAUAAUAUCCGCGGUGAUUAUCGAUGACAUCCAUUUAGGUAUUAUCCUAUCAUGCAUGCAUUUACCUCACAUCGACACUCGUAGCUUCAGCUAACUAAAGAAUGCAAAUCUGAUUUCAAAUGAGUAUAUUUCGAAAAAAAAAAAACUUAUUCAAAAUGAUAAUACCAAAAAGUAAAACAUUUGUCACUGUAGAAAGCUAAAAAAAGUUUAGAUAAUAAUCCAUAAAUCAUGAGUGGUGAUUCUUUACUAUAUAUUACAUCACAUUUGACCUCGACAAUUUUUCUAAUAAUACAUUUCAAUAUCAGAAAAAAUUAUCCGUCGCUCAUUAUUUUAUUAUUAUUGUUGUUACGAUGAUGAUUAUUAUUGCUAUUAUUACUUUUUAAUUUAACGUAAAUACUAUGAUUAUUAUUAAUAUUAUUAAUAUUAUUGUUAUUAUUUAAGUACAUAUUUCUGAACCUAAUGAUGGUAAAAAACCAAGAGAAAUUAGAUAAAACGUUGAAAGUGACAAAAUUAAAAUGUAUGUGUGAUAAUGAUUCAGAACAUUGUUCUUAUGAUAUUCUGUAUCUAAAAAUCAACUAAUAUUGUUAAUUAUUUUGCACUAAACGUUAAAAAGGAUGAUAAUUAUUUUUACACAUUUAAAUGCAAGGUAUUUUUAUGCCUUCUUAAAAUAAAGAUGCAAUAUUAGUGUCGCAGACUGAUAAACAUGUAAUUUUACAAGCGAAGUAGAUAGAGGACUUUCAAAUAAUAUAAAUAACACGCUUUCAUAGCCAAACUGCCGAAAAAAUGAACCAGAAAUAUAUCGUAUGCAUAUGUUUAUUAACAAAGUAAAUAAACAGAGUUUAGAGAAAUGUUUUUGAUAAAGAAUAAUUGAUUUUUGGAUACAGAAUGAUAUUGUGUGAACUAAAAAGAAUAACUUUAUUUACAAAACUACUGUAACAUGAUUUCUUAUAACAAUCUUUAAUUUUGCGAAUUGACUAUUGUAAUUAAUAAGAUAAUUAAGUAAUAAUAUAAUUUCUAGAAAUUGUAAUAAACGAGGAAUUAAACGUGACUGAUGUCGAGGAUUAAUUUUCAUUGGUAAAAACAUUGGUUUAUUUUUCAUUCAAUGAUACUUUCACAUAUGUUUUAAAAUCAAAAAAUAUAUUUUUGUUUUACUUGUAAUUAUUAAUUUUUAUUAAAACAACGAUAAAUCAUUAACAAAAAAGAAAUAAAACAAAGUACUGGAUUAAUGUCAGUAUUUUUGAGUAUGUUGGAAUGAUUUAUUUUAAUAAAAAAAUUACUUUAUUUAUUCUUCUAAACGUAAUGAUCAUUAUAAAUGAACAAAAGUUAAAAAAAAUUGCCAUUCAAAAAUCAUAAAAUACAGUCUAUAUUUGAGCCAAUUAGCAAACAAAAAAAUGUAUACAACUCAUAGACUAAGGACUGGCCGAGACAUGUUCCAAGCGAUUUUAUCCAAGUGAUUUUAAAUAUGGAUUUUAUAAUAUCGUUGUCAUAUAGUUUAGUUAUAAUACUUGGAGUCAUUCAUUUAAAUACUUCUAUUAGUAUAUUUUUAUUAUAUUUAUCGUUUUUAAACUCAAACGAAAUCAUCAUAAUUGAAUUAUUUUUUGCAUGAAGCUCGAGUGUGUGGUUUUUAACGUGAAAAAACAACAAAAUAGGUAAACAAAUAAAUAAUUGAAAAUACUGUUGAGUCAGUCGCACGAUUAAUUUGUAUUUCAUUCAAAUGAUAAUAAUAAAGAUUGUAUUCAUAUUGAUUUAUUUUGUAGUAUCAAGAUCGCCUGCAUUUUUAUAGUAAAAGAAACACACUUACACUUUUGUAAAUAUGCAUCAUUCACUGUAAUAUUCAUAGUCUUCGAUUAUCGAUAAAACAUUCAUCAUUUUUUGUUGAUGAUUUAGGUAUCAAUGAUGCAAAAGUAAUAAUAGUCUUAAAUAUUAAUGAAACAAAUGUUACAAAAUAUUUGGUAUUUUGGCAAUACCUCAGAACGUGCCGCGGCCAGAAAAAAAAAUAAAAUAAGUUUCCUAACGACAUGUGUAAAAACAUUGUGUUCAGAAUAAAAUAUACUAUAAUACGACUGAAAUGCCCUGACUUGAUGAAAUCGACUUUCCAGAUUAAAAAUAAUCAAUAAAUAAAUGAACUACGCAUUUUCUCAAUCUCGAAUGUCGUAAUUCGUACUCGUUUCAGGGCGAAAUUAUAAGAAGUACAUAUACAGAAGCAGAAGAAAAAUCCAAACCAAUUUAUUAUGAAAUAAAAAGAAUUUAAAAAAUCCCCACGCAAAAGAAGGCAAAAGGAAAAUUGUAUUUAACCUGUAUACACUGACAUAUUAUAAUUAUUAUUGUGAUUAUUAUUAUAUACAAUACUGGAUACUGGAAUUAAGAAUUUGAAACGAUAUUACAUAAGAUUAAUAAUAAA